ACACUUAUUUGAGAAAGAGAAGCAUGCUGUCUUUUACUGUGAGGUGAGAAUUGAGAGAGAACUCACAUGUCUGCACAACACAAGGCAUUUUCUAUAGUUUUGUUCUUGCUCACUGAGUCUCUUGCUCUGGAGCUGGAACUGGAACUGGCUUGUAAAGUUCAAAGACAAGAAUAAGAAACCAUUUUGGGUGGUGAGAGAAUUUCAACUCCCAAAUUUAUUUGACAUUGGAGAUGUUGGAUGUCAUGUGUUUGAGUUCCCCAUUGCAGACAUUAUUAGGUUGUGUAAGUACCCCUAGUCCUAGAUACCUGUGCAAGAUAAGGUCGUGUCAAGUUCAAGCCACACCCCCAUCUUCAGUUAUUUUGAAUGCAGAUGGAAGUGGGAAAUUUUCUCAGAAGCUUCAUGGCUCAAAUCUUGCUUCAGGAAGGGAUGAAUCUGUUUCUCCUUUUGUUAGUCAGGGAAAUGGGGUGGGCAUAAUAGGAGGGGUGUCUGUGGAUACCACCCUCAAAUUUUUAAGAAAACUUGUGGAGUUGAGUUCAGAGGAUGGAGGAAAUUCCAUUCCUUUUGUGCUUUGUUCUGACCCUCUGUUAAGUAAGGAUCUUCUGUCCCAUGAAAGGAGUUAUAUUGUUUCUACCACAAGUAAAGUAGAAAGUUUGAAGGUGGAUUCUUCUUCGAUUGUGCAGACACUAAGAAAUAAGAGGGUUUUUCUUGAGAAUUCUGGGGCUCGUUGCAUAGUGAUGCCUUGUAAUGUGUCACAUUCUUGGUAUGAACAAGUAUCUGAGGGAUGUUCCGUUCCUUUUCUUCACAUGGCCGAGUGUGUAGCCAAGGAACUCAAGGAAGCUAAGUUAAAGCCACUGGAAGCUGGUAGUCCUUUGCGCAUUGGAGUGCUCGCAACAAAUGCAAUUCUUGCAGCUGGUUUUUAUAAACAGAAGCUUCAGAAUGAAGGAUUUGAGGUUGUACUUCCUGAUAGAGCAACUAUGGAACACACAGUGAUACCUGCAAUUGAAGCUUUGAACAGAAAGGACAUGGAAGGGGCAUGCAAUCUAUUGAGAAUUGCACUUCAAGUUCUUUUGGUGAGGGCAGCUAGUUCUGUUGUCCUUGCUUCUGAUGACAUGCAGGAUCUCUUGCCCCCAAAUGAUCCUCUUCUCAAGAAAUGUACUGAUCCAAUGGAGGCCUUAGCCCGGUCAACCAUCAAAUGCGUAAAAUCAUCUGGGGGGGGAUAAUAGAUGAACAACAAUAGAUAGCAACUGUUUGUUGUAUUUCAUUAUGUAUCAAUAUUCUUUUAAUUUCAUUGAUAUCUCGCAUCUCUUUAAUGCAAACUCUUGUAUUUCCCAAUAUUAUAAUUUUAAUUUCUUUG